GUGGAGAGAUGGCCUGGCGUAGUCAGAACCAAGGAAUAGCCUGGCCACAUCUCCCAGUGUGACAGAAGUCUUGUGUAAGCCCCCCCCCCGGAUCAAACCUGGGACUUCUGGAGCAUAGUGCAUGAGCCUCUACUGCAUGAGCUAAAAGCCACCUGACUGUUAGCUGAGCUGUAGAGCAAACUUAUUAAGCUCUCUCUCUCUCUCGGUGCCACUAGGUGGGACAGAACACCACACCCAGAAGGUGAGUAUGGGUUACACUUGCACUAUUUGGAGUGACUCAAAGCCUCAGCUCCUGGAGUCCUGGGAUUUGGGAAAAUUGGCAACUUUCAUUAAAAAAACAUGGAGUUUCUGGCCCUGGUGGUGGGGGAGAAAGGCUGGAACCAUGACCCCAAAUGGUCACCACCCCCCAGGAUCAAGUUUCUUUAAUAUUCAGAGGCAGGAAUUGUUCAUGCCAGCCCCCACUGAGACCGUGAGGACAUGGCAAAGGGGUGAGAGAGUGACCCAGCAAGAAGCCUCUGACAGGAGUCCAGGACGAGUGGCUUCCUGCAGUCAGAGCAGGUGCAGGUUCCGGUUCCUGGUGAGUUUGUGAUUGAGAACAGCCUGCAAUCCAUGUUUUGGCAAUUCCCUUUGCUAGAUUAGCUCCUGGAACUGUCCUGCCCUUGCUAUGCAGCCUUGUGAUUCAUCAGAAAAGGCCAUGCGGAUAGCCAGGGGCCAAGGAAAUGCAUCCAUGUGGACUGAUUUGUCCUUAGCAAGCAUCUUCCUUCCAUUGGGAGAAGGAAGAUGCUUCCUGGACUGCGUGAUGCAGGGAGUCAGCUCUAUCCACCCAUCACAACCCACAGGAGCAGCAUGGUCCCCACCAGCCCCCUGUGUGGCUGUGAGCAGUGCAUGGUUGAGGAGGGGUUGCAGAGCGGUACGUCGGGCUCCCUCACCUGGAGGAGAGCUUGUGGCCGUGGCAUGGUCUGCCUGGCCUGAGGAUGAGCACCUCUGAGGCACAGAACAGCCAUAGUCUAGGCCUUCAGGGCUUCACAUUGGCACUCAUCUGUGACCUAGCAGCAUCCACAAGCCAGGCCUCCUGCUGCCUCCCAUGGGCUGAGGCAGUGUCCCAUCCUUGCUGCUGGUGCUUGGCCACAAGUACCCUUGGAUGCCAUCCUGGUGCACUGGCAACCCUGCAGUUGUGCAUCAGGGUAUCACCUCCAGUGAUCCUGGCCCAUGGGAGGCAACAGGGGCCAGGGCAAAGAGUCAGUCUUUUGCCAGUCCCUGUGUCCCAGCACUCUCAACACAGAUCAGGGGGCACUCACCAGUGAUGGCACACAUGCUCCUCCGGACUCCUUUCUGUGUUCCAAGUGUUUCCCUACAGAUUUGCUCCCAGGAGAGAGGGCAGCGGGAUGCAGGGCAAGCCUGGAGAACAGCAGGGAGAGGCCACGGGGGUGAAUCGAUCGUGUCGAGCCACAAAGGGAAUGGAUGAAGGGCCGUGGGCCAGGGAGGGAAGGUCAGACUGGGCCCUGGUAGGCAAGGGUACAACGCUGCAGAGGAGGUGGCUCUUGCACCUGGAAGGAUGGAAUCGGAGCUCCCCUCGAGGAUGUUGGACUCUCUGAUGGAGCUGGAGCCAGGCCCUGGGCCAGAGCCAGUGUCUCAUGACCCUGACGGGAGCUGUCGGAGAGGAGCAACCAUCACUGUGUCCAGGAAGCAGAGCUGGGCCAAGUUCUCAUGUGGCAUCCGGGACGUGCCAUGUAGCUCUUACAGCAGGAAGGUGCCUGCCAGUCCCAUGGCCUCCGCAGAGCUGCAGGAUGAGGGUGAAGGGGUAGAGCCAGGCCGAGAGACUGACGGGGACCCCCAGUGCUCUCUGCUGCCCCAGGAGCAGUUCUUCCCCACCCAUACAGGGGGACCAGCCCUUGAGGAUGAGGCAUGGCUUGUGGAGAGCCCCCCAGCCCCAGCGCCCCCCACUCCUCAGCCCGGCCUGGCCCCUGGUGAUGAGGAGGCUGAGUCGAUGUGCAGGUAUGUGGAGCUUUGCGCCUCUGGCAGUGCUGUGAGAUGUGCCAGUCAUGGUGCCUACUUGCAGAACCUGGAGAGGAGCAGCCGCCACUGGAUCCUCUCCUCGGGCAAGGCCCAGGGCCCGGAGGAGUUGUCCCCCAGCGCCAGCACAGAAUUGAAGGAGGUGGGCGCCAUGGGCAGUGAAGGGGAGAUCUGGUACAACCCUAUCCCUGAAGAUGACGACGUUGUGGGUGUCAGGCAAGGCACCGAGCCUGCCAGCUCCUGGAGGAAGUGGGGCAGUGGCACAAGGAGCCGGGAAUCUGACAAGGAAGAGGCCAGGCCCAGCAGGGCAGAGCCAGGUGAUGAAGAGCCCCCCAGGAGCAUCGCCAGGCAAGUGGAAAGCCCCAGCUCACAGAAUGCACCUACCCCAGCUGGGCCAGUGGGUCGAGGCGAGGAGACGGGUGCCGGCAGGACACAGGCGUAUGGGAAGUUGCCGAUUUCAUGUGUGAGCGCGGCUGUGGGGUUGGCUGGCCCAUCCCCCCCGCUGAGCCCCAGCGUCUCCAAGAAGGGGCGCUCCCUGGGCAGAGUGAAGUCCCCGGGAACCGUGCGCCGCCUUUCCCUGAAGAUGAAGAAGCUGCCUGAGCUGAGGAGGAAGCUGAGUCUGCGUAGUGCCCGGCCCCGGGGGCAGGAGCCUGAGGGCAGUGACAGCACCUCACCCCAGGAUGCCCGCAAGGAGCCGGGGAAUGUCAUCAGCCGCUACCACCUGGACAGCAGCGUGGCAUCCCAGCAGGGCCCGCACCGUGCCAAGGCAGCCAGCAAGGGCGGCUACCUAAGUGAUGGUGACUCCCCUGAGCUGCUGGCCAAAGCGGACAAGCGUGCCUGUCCUGGGCCAGAGGGGCAUGAGCUUGGGGCUAGGCUGGACGUGGAUGCCUUCCAGCCCUACAGCUCCUUAGAACAGCUGCGCUGUGUGCAGCCCAUCUCGGGCCUAGUCAGCGUCCACCUGCACGGUGUGGGGGACCUUAAGCCCCCAAAGGCUGAGUCCAGGGAGGUGUUCUGCGUCCUGCAGGUGGACGCAGCCCCCAAGGCGCGCACGGCCCUGCUGCCCUGGACAGCCGCCUUCCUCAGCCUCAACCACACCUUCAACUUGGAACUGGAGGGGGCCCGACAUCUCAAGGUCAUUGUCUUCUCCUGGGACCUGGCUACCUGCCGGAACCGUGUGUGCUGCCAUGGCACCAUUGUCUUGCCCCACAUCUUCAGAGGGUGCAGGGCCCAGCAGCUGGCAGUGCGGCUGGAGCCGCGCGGGCUGCUCUACUGCAAGCUGAUGUUGGUGGAGCAGUGGGACAUGCCGAGCAGCCCCAGUGACCGGGAGCCCCGGGUCUUUGGCGUGGAGCUGCGUCACUUGGUGGAAAGAGAGAACACUGUCACCAAGGUGCCGCUGCUGAUCCAGAAAUGCGUCUCCCAGAUUGAGAAGCGGGGACUGAAGAUUGUAGGGCUUUACCGGCUGUGUGGCUCGGCGGCUGUGAAGAAGGAGCUGCGUGAUGCCUUCGAGAGGGACAGUGCUGCUGUGACGCUCUCUGAACAGCUGUACCCAGACAUCAACGUCAUCACAGGGAUCCUGAAGGACUAUCUGCGGGAGCUGCCCACGCCCCUCAUCACCAAGACCCUUUACCAGGUGGUGUUGGAGGCCAUGGCCCAGCGACAGCCCCAAGAUAUGCUUAGCAGGCAGAAUGCAAAGGAGACGGUCGCUCUGCUGGACUGCCUGCCGGAGAUCGAGAAGGCUACGCUGACCGUGCUGCUGGACCAUCUCAGCUUGGUGGCCUCCUUCCACGACUUUAACCGCAUGAACUCCCAGAACAUUGCCGUGUGCUUCGGGCCAGUGUUGCUCAACCAGAAUCAGGAGCCAUGGCACCAGAGGGCCCGCAGCUAUGCCCACUGCGAGGAGAUCUCCAGUGCUGUCGACUUCAAGAGGCACAUUGAGGUGCUGCACUACCUGCUGCAGGCCUGGCCUGUCCCCUACAGGAAAGGGCGUGGUGUGGAGGGCCGGGAAAGGGCCCAGUCCACCUGCCUGCGGCAGAGGCGCCGUCCUGCACUGCGGCUGGAUCUGCUGGAGAGCGAGGUGGUGGCUCGUCACCGUCCCCGAGGCUUGGAGAGCCCCCCCACCAACCGCUACGCUGGGGAGUGGAGUGUGUGCAGCCAGGAGUAUGGCCUGGUGGCCGGGCCAGGGCACGAGAUCAACUACACCGAGGUGGCCGGCAGCGACAGCGAGAAUGAGGUGCUAGACCUGCGGGAGGGGCUGGGUGGCCCCAGCCAGACGGUCUUCGUGGGGGACUUUGCCUUGGUCGACGACCCUGAGGCGCCCUUCAGCCCCCGCCUGAACCUGAAGGACUUUGAUGCCCUCAUCCUGGACCUGGAGCGAGAGCUCUCCAAGCAGAUCAAUGUGUGCCUGUGAGUGGCCUGGCUGCUCCACCACAGUGCCUGGCUCUCCCUGCCCCAACACUCCCUGGGACCGUCCACAUCCCCUGCCGGGCUCUAGUGUCACCAAAACAUGAGCCAGCAGGGGAGGUGCCAGGAACCAGAUGGUGGGGCUUCAGCUAAAGAAUUUUAGGCUCCACGCUCAGGAGCCUGGCCCAGCCCUGUAGCAGGCGAUGACUCAUGCCGUCAGCCUUAAUCCAGCAACCUGCCCAGGAGCAGAGGCCCUGAGCAGCAGGUACAGCGUACGGGAGAUGUUCUCAUGCUCUCUCAUGGGCUCCAGCACACUCUGCCCUCUGGGCUCGGAGCUCGGGAGAAACCAACACAGUGCACGCCUGGGUGUGGCCGCUGAGCUCCCAAAGGCACGCGCCCAGGCGUGGCCACCAAGCUCCCAGUAUUAAUAGGAACUCAGAGAUUACGCCAAAGCCAUUUGGAGUGUGACCAAAUUUGUGUAGCACUUGGCUCUCGCAGCCUUUUGAUUUGCACAGCAUGGAUGGGGGCUUGGAGACACCAGGGCAGUGCUCCACCAGGCCAGUGUGUGGCAGCUCACUGAGGCUGGGGCUCUGGGGCUGGAGUAUGGAUGAGGGGCUGAGCCAGCCAGGGGGCUGCACUCAGGGUCACUCACUGCUGCAGUGUUUGUCACUCCAAGCCUACCGUGGGUGACAUAGUAGCGCUAUCUGGUAUAGGGCAGCAUCACAGCCCUGUGUGAUGGGCUGGAAGGAGCCUGGAUCCUGGCGUUCCCUUGGUCUGGCUCCCAGCCCUUGGAAAAUACCAUGUGCAGGGAGCGCACAGGGCAGGGGGAGCGGCUCCCUCCUGAGCCGCCUUUUCUCUGGAUUUCAGAAGCCAAAGAAUCAGCCUGUGAGCCUGAGCCUGUCCCCUGGCUGGACUGGAGCAGAAGUUUGGGGGCACUGCUUGUGUGACCCUGGCAGUGGGCUUUCCAGGCUGUAGCAGCUGUGCCAAUAUGGUGCUUCAUGCAGGCUAGUCGGGAAGGCAGCGCCAGGCCCUGGGCCUGGUACAGGGGUUGGGUCAGGAGCACCAUGUACCUAUCCCUCCCGUGGCAUGUAUUUCUGGUCAGCAGGGAGCCUCCAGGGGGUAAUAGCCCUCCCAGCCCCCAAGGGUGGUGAAUUUUGAUGCCCUUUCUAGUAUCCCAAGUGGAGCUUUCCUUGCAGGUGGGAGUUUGACUUGGGUCUCAGGAAGAUGGGUCUCAGGGCUGCCGCGGGGCUCUAGCUGCAGUGGUCUCAGUCUGGUCUGCUGUGGGACUGGCCUCGCUGUCAGUGUUUUGCUACUGAGUGCCACCUUGUGUCCCACUUGGGUGGGGGGCAGCCUUGGGCCAGGAGAGAGCCAGGGCUAAGGCCUGUUCCUGGCCUCCCUCCAUCCCAGGCUAGGCGUCCCCCGUACAGUGUUAGAAUAUCGACAAGGGUCCCUGACCUCCAUCAUGUGUGCUCUGCUCCGGGGCUGCUUCACACAGAAGCCACAAUCUACUGCACCCUGCCAGGGAGGAGGAAGGGCUGUGCCAGUUAUGUAUGGCACCUCACUCUCAGCUUGCCAUGGCAUUAUUUAGUAUCUUGGUGCCAUGUUUACAUCCUCCCCCAACCUGACAAUACUCCAGGCUCUUUACUCCAGGCUCCCCCAGCCUGGCUGCUGCCUCCAAUCCUGCUUGGCUGCAGCUCCUGGUAGAACAGUGAGGGGAGACUAGGGUGACCAGAUGUUAUAGGGACAGUCCCGAUUUUUGGAUCUUUUACUUAUAUAGGCUCCUAUUACCACCACCCCCCCCGUCCCGAUUUUUCACAUUUGCUGUCUGGUCACCCUAGGGGAGCUGCAGCCCUGGGAUCCCAUGGCACGUGGACAGACCAACAUGAGCAAGAAAUUGGGGCCUGGCGUUCUUUGUGGUUGCUUCUCAUGGGCAUCUUUUGUCUCCCAAUCUCUGCCCUUGAGCCCAGGGUUGGCAGCCAAGCCCCCAGCUCUUUCCAGCCUGGGCUUUCCCUGUGCCUGCUGUUCAGGCCAGGCCUGGCAGGGAGGCCUCCCAUGCACUCUUGACUGAGCAGCAGCAGGCACACCCCUGGAUGUGAUCUGGAGGCUCCAGCUCACUGGCUGUCACCUCCACCUUCUGCAUUGCAGAGUAGGGGAGGCUAGUACAGAGGCUGCACCAAGGCCACUGGCCUCCUUGGGCAGUAGCAAACAGAGCUCCAAGCUGGGGCCCUGCUGGGUGGGUGCUCAGGGCUGGUGGGGAGCGGGAGUUGAUUCCCUGGAUGUGCCUUUCCCCAAAUGGAUCCCAUGAAAGGGCAACACAUGGGCAGACUGGCCCCAAACUAAGCUCAAGGCAUCAAUUGCCCUCUUGCACCCAGGCCAGCUCUGGCAUUUCCCUGGGUACUGCUGGGAUACCCAAUGCUGCUGUGCCUUGCAGAGCCUGUGCCUGCAGCGCUGAUUUCAGUGUGCCAGGUGCCCAGGCACAGCUGCCUGAGGGUGCUCACUGCAGGGCCUCAUGGAAAUGCACCCAAUCCCCCUGCACAACCAUCCUCCAGGGAGCCUGGUACUGGAGAGGCCAGCUUUAUUUAGAUUUCUCACUUGUGUAUGUAUGAUGUAGGGGGUGUGUAUGUUUGGAUGUUUGUGUGUGGAAGGGUGUAGAGGUGUGGUUUGUGUAUACAUUUGAGAAGGUGGGGAUGGACAGUUGUGUGUGGUGUGUGUACGUUUGAGAGUGGGAUGUGCGUAUAUGUUUGUGUGUACAUCUUUGGGGGUGAGAUGUGUGUGGUGUAGGGAUGUGGUUUGUGUGCACAUGUUCGUGAAGACUGACUGCUCUGUGGAUAUUUAACGUCUGGAUUUUCACAAUGUUUAUAAAAUACUCAGUUAUAGGGAAAAAAGCCAUUUUUUUUUUUUUUGCAGAGGGAAGGGGCAAAACCAUGACACACGCUCUUCCCCUCACUCCAGGCUCUAAUGGAAAUUCACCCCAUCCUCUCUCAAAGCACAAGGCCCAGUAGCCCCCUUCUGAGCUGCUCUGGCAGGGAGGAGAAGUGCCCAGAGUUUGGAGGCAGGGGCCCUUCACCCAGUAUUAGCUUAAGGGACCCCAUGUGAAUGUGAAGGGAGGGCUGCAGUGCCUCCUGCCAUGGAUGAUCUGGGACUGAAGAAAGGGUUCACACCAUGUUAUAAAAGCAGCUAUGCCUUGGGGGGCCCUGUCUGGGGCGGGGGAUGUAUGGUCCAGCCAUUCCCCCCAUUGCCUGGCACCCCCAGCCAUGGGGAAUUGGAGAUGGCUACUUAUUGUGUGUUAAGGAAAUACCCAUGCCAGGGUGGGAGUCAGCAUGGUACCCAUGUAUGCACACCAGGGCAUCCUGCCCACUGCCAACACCAGCAAUAAAGGACACCGGCUACACCUGCCAUUGUGUUUGUGUGCACACGCGUGGGGGCCACAUUC